UUUACGUUACCUGGCAAGAUGGCGGCGCCCAGAGCGUUCCUGCACCUGGGCUCCCGUGAAUGGAAUGGGAGAGCCAGGGGCAUCCAGAGCAUGAGUGAGUGGGUGACCCCAGACAGCAAUCGGGAGAAGAAAAGGACGCUGUUGCAGUUCCUCUCAGAUCACUUCCAGGACAUCCAGACUCUGAGAGAGUACUGGCUCCAGAAACAGAUCGCUAAAGUCAACUGGGUGAAUCGGCCCUUCACUAGGAUCCAGGAGAAAUAUGGCCCGUAUGUCACAGGCGCUCUCUUCAUCCUGAAGCAGGGAGGUGCAGUGAAGUUUCAGGACAAGGAGUGGAUCCGGCAAAAUGACCGUGGCCGUUUUCUUGCCGAGUUACAGCAGUUCCAGAAGGUGCCUGUGGAGGCUGUGGAUGCCAGUGGCUGUGCCAUCAACUACCAGGGCCUGAGUAGCCUCUUGCCCCUGAAGGAGCUGCGGUCCCUGUCCCUGCAGCGCUGCCCCAACUUGGAUGACUGGUGCCUCGGCCGCCUCUACCCACUGGCUGGCUCACUGCAGGAGCUCUCACUGGCUGGGUGCCCCAGAAUCUCAGAACGGGGCCUUGCCUGCCUCCACCACCUCCAGAACCUCCGCAGGCUGGACAUCUCAGACCUCCCUGCCGUGUCCCACCCAGGUCUCACUCAGAUCCUGGUGGAAGAGAUGUUGCCCCAUUGUGAGGUCCUUGGAGCUCAGAGUCUGAAGCCAGAGCCAGACGAGCAGCUUCUGGACACAUCUAGUCCCCUGUCUCCCUAGCCUGUGACCCCACGCACGGAGGGUCUUGUCGGCUUUGUGGAGUGUCUGAGGUCUUCUCACACUCUGGCUGCUGGUGUAAUUUAUUCAGCAUGAAGGAGCACAGGCAGAUAAGAAGACUGGGCCAGGACUGACUCAGUGCUGCCUGCAUCUGGCAGAUGUCUGUGGCCUGGUCAGAUAGCCCUCCAUGCACAGCUGCAUGCAGCUCCGUAGUUCCCCUUUAUCCCUGUUUGUCAAGGAGACUUCCCCCAAACUCUCCUCAUACAUGUCGACAGGGACUGUGGCUGACAUGAGACACUGCUGGCCCUUUACAAUGAUAGUUCUUCCCUGUGCCUGCACUGACGAAAUACCAGCAGCACCCCAAGCCUCAUGGCAUUACCCAUUGAUUUACUGACUUGCACCUUCAAAUGUGGGCAUCUGAGUGUGUCUGCCUAUACCACCCCCAAAUGGAGAUGAGUGUUUGAGAAAAUAGUCUUCUUCAUCUGGCACAACAGACUUCCGUCAGUAGAGGGCGCUGGAGAGAAUCCAAAGUGCCGAGGACUCUGCAGGGACUUUAAAGUGUACAGUGUAGCAGGGUAUCCAGGUGCUACAGGUCAGCAGUUCCCCUAGCACCCAGAUUGCUGGGUGGCCAGCAGCUUCCCCUGGCACCCCUACCAACUAUGAUUGGCUCCUGGCACCCAUGUUACCAGUGGUCCUGUCAUGACUCAAAUAUACUGCGGAGAUGUGUGAUUCUUUAUAUUAAACUUCUGCUGUUCACGUUA